AUGUUCCUGGUCUGCCUGGAUGUGUCGCCAGUGCCGGUGAUCGAGUCGGUGGACGAGACAGACGAGGCCGCCAUGCUGGCGGCCGAUAACGAUGCUGAUGAGAACAAUCUCUGCGCCUGCCAUCAAGACGAUAAACUGGUGGCUGAGCAGAUGCUCCAUGGCCUGGGAAGCAAGCUUAACGGGGCCAACCCCUAUAACGAUGAUGAUGAUGAUGAUGAUGAUGAUGAUGAUGAUGAUGUUGAUGAUGGUGAUGAUGAUGAUGAUAAUGAUGAUGAGUAUGAUGAUGAUGAUGAUGAUGAUGAUGAGGAGGACAUAAUAAUAAUAAUAAUAAUAAUAAUAAUAAUAAUAUGA